AUGUCUCAACAACAAGAAGAAAAUCUAAGUAAGACAGAUGAAGAUCACAAUGAAAAUAAUGAUGAAGAAAUGGAAGAUGGUGAAAUUGAUGAUAGUGAUGAAGAUGAUACCCAACCAACAACGGCAGCAGCAGGAGCAUCAGCUGCAGCUGAAGCUAAAGAACCAACACCACAAAAACAACAACAGGAAUUGCAAAAAUCUUCCAACACACAUGCGAAUGAACAAACGGCGGCGUCUGGUGCCGUCCAACAGCAGCAACCAUCGUCAGCUAAAUCUAAAAAGCCUCAACCUCCAGAAGAUGAUUAUGCCAGUAAAAUUCAAAAGGCUCUGGAAGAUGUGCUCAUAAAGAAGGGUGUCGAACCAACACUACCAAAAAUUGUCGAAGCCAAGAAACAACAAAAUGAAAACAGUGAUGAAUCCGGUGCCCAGGGCCAGAGCAAAAGUAGUCGUCGUCGUAAGCGAAAAAGACAGCGUGAAGAAAAAGAAAAGGAGAAGGAAAAGCGCAAACGUCAAGAAACCACCAAUGAUCCCAUGGGCCCACCACCUUUGGGCGAUGAAAUGGAUAUGGAUGAAUUCGAAAUGAUGAAUGUACGUGGCGGUAGUCCACCACCCAUGGCUGCCCUACCACCACCCACCAUACAUUUAUAUGACGACUAUGAUUCGCGUGAUGAUUCGGCCUCCUCCUAUGACAGUUAUGACAGCAAUGGCGAGAGUAGUAAUGGUGAACGUAGUAGAAGACGCCGCAAAAAGGAAUCACGUCGACGCAAAGAGAAGCGCACCGAACGCCACGAAAAACGUUCGCGACGUGAGUCCCUCGACGAGAAACAUCGCAAUGAACCACGCAAACUGGAGUUGUGCAAAUUCUAUUUGAUGGAAUGCUGUGCCAAGCGUGACAAAUGCUCCUAUAUGCAUGCCGAUUUCCCUUGUAAAUAUUACUAUUUGGGUAUGGAGUGUACGGCCAAAGAAGAUUGUAAAUUUGCCCAUGGCGAACCAUUGUCGGAGGAGUUGCGCAACAUUUUAUUGAAACAUUUGGAAACGGCACCCAAAGAAAUUUUGGGCAAUUUCAAGCGAAUGUCCAGGGAGAACUCGAUAAAUAUGAUAACGAAACGGCAUGAGGAAUUGUGUCGAAAGUUUAAUGUACAAAAUGUAUGGGCGCCAAUAAAUGCCAACUCCCUGCCCAUGAACAAUAAUCGCCGGAAUAACAAUAAUAAAAACAACAAUAACCACAACAACAACAAUAAUAAUGAUCAUAAUAAUCAUCAAAGGUCUGCAAUACCUUCGCUAUUGGAUUUGGUUAUACCACCACCCAAUAUGGAUAUGCCACAAUCCCACAAUAGUCAGAAUAAUAGCAAUAAUAGUAAAUCCAAUGAAAAUAAACGUAAAUCUCGUUGGGCUGAUAAUAGCAGUAAUAACAACAGCCACAACAGCAACAGUGGUGGUGGAAAUCAACAAAAUUCUUUGCUUGUACAGCCGCCAUCGAAGAGCGCCCCUAGCUAUUUGGAUUUGAAAAAUCUAACUGGUAUUUUGAGUAAGGAACACAUUGACAAACUCUCGCAAAUGGGUAUUGUCAAUUUGGAACAGGUUAAUCAGCUAACAUUUGGUCAAUUAAAUCAAAUUGGUUUGACAAUAGCCGAAAUAACUGAGAUUCAGUUGAAUGCCAUGAAUAUGGCCAAAUUGACAGGAGGCAGUGGCAGUGGUGGUGUUGGAAAUUUGAAACAAAAAUCUACAGACAAUAAAUCACAGGAUAUUGGUAAAACCUCUAAUGGUGAUGUUGAUAUGCGCUUCCUACCCAACGUGCCAGCAGCAGCUAGUAGUGCAGCCACAACUUUGUCCACAACGACGACGACAACAACACACGAUGGCCUAGAUAAAGAUACUACAAAUUCCUCGAAUUCCAAUAGCAGCAGUGGUGUGGUAGUGGUUGACUAUUCUCAGUACUUAAAAGACUCAAAUCUAUCCUUUGAUAAAGGAGGAGAUAUAUAUGAUGAUGAAAAAGACGAUGAACAAUUGGUCAUUGAUGAUGAUGAUAAUUUAGACGCAGAAGAAUCUGCACAAAAAUCGUCCAGCCUUGAACAAAAUCACAAUUCCCUAAAUUCUCAAUCCUAUGAUAAUGGUUUUGCCGGCAAAUUACACAGCUCUAUGAGCGGCGAUACAGCAAAAAAUUUACGCAAUCCCUUUAGGACUGGAGGUGGUUUCUAUGACAACAGUAGUGAUAACCACCGGCUAACCGAUGGAAAUUCUUUCAAAUCUCCAAAUAAAGAUGAUGACGAAGAGGAUUCAUAUUAUUCACCAAUGUAUGCGAAACGAAAAAAUUCACGUGAUAGUAGAUCACGAUCACGUACACCUCCGGCGUCAACUGGUUUAGAUUCGAAUGCAACACCCGAAGCUUCACAAUCACCAAAAUCAUUUGAUCGUUUAAGGGGAGAUGUCGCCGAUGAGCUGUCGUCGGACUCAACAAAAAAAGUUGUCUACGAGCGAUCAACAAUCUAUGAUUAUAAUAAUCAUAGUACCGAUGCAGAGGUGACACGAUUUAAGAGCGACAAAGAUAUGCGUUUCUUGCCUGGCUCAUUGUUGGGUGAUACCGGCAGCACGGGUGAUACAGAUUUAAGGCUACCAUUCCAGCCAAUGACCAACUAUACGCCGGCCACUGAAAUUGAUGGUUCCAUAACCUCACACCUGCCCAUAACAUAUAAAGUGUAUCUAGUUGAUGUACCCCAGCCUAGCUAUAAUGAUUUGAAGCAGCACUUCAAAUCAGAUCAAACAACAGAUCCAAGACUGAGAAGAAUUUUAGGUUUACCCGAACUUUCACCCUCCAAGACAUCAACGGCUUUGAGUCGAAAAGUGCGUAAAGCAAGUAAUACCAGUAUAGCUUCACCCUCAGAAACUGAGGAUGCCUCACCGCGUUACUAUACACCACCCUCCUCCUCGACGGCUGAAGAAAAAAUCAGCAAAACAUCUUCAACAACGUCAUCGAGAAGUGAUCCCCGAACAGCAGAUCCACGUGGCGAUCCAAGAACAUCGGAUCCAAGACAAACGGCGGCGGAACAAUCUAGGUCCUCAGAUCCACGUUCAUCAGAUCCCAGAUCACGUACAGAUCCUCGAUCAGCAGCAGCUGCUGCUUCUUCCAUGGCGACUGGAGAAACCUCAAACGCAGCUAAUCCCGCCGGCGGACAAAAACAAAACAUCGAAAUUCGCAAUCUAUUACAAAAAUCCGAAUGGUAUAAAAAUCUUAAUUCGAAAUUUAAGAUUAUGGUCAAUCAACAGCUGGCAUUGGUAUCAACGGAAUUGAAGAAAUUCCAUCAGGAUCCCUCACCCAAUAAAAUAUUUGACAUUUCCUUCAUUGUCAACAAUCAGACAUUGCAACAGAUUUUGACAAAUUUAGGCAUAUACAUCGAUGAUAACGGUGAGGUGGCCCACAUUGAAGGUGAUGGCGAUGAAAUGAUGAAUGGUGGCGGCGACAGUAGUGGUGGACCACAAGAUUUACCAGGUAAUCUUAAAUCGAAUAUAACCUUGCCAAAUCUGUCACAACCACCACCCAACGCGGCGGCUGCUGCUGCGAUUGGCAAUCAAAUGAACACUAGUUUGGAUUUCCUUAGGGCGCCGCCACCAAAUAUGGUGCCGCAGGGAACACCACCAAACAUGGCCUUGGGUCCCAUGUUCCAAAGGCCACCCAUGGCAUUUGCACGACCCAGCCUUUUGGGUUUACCACCCGGUCAGGGUAAUCCCAUGAAUCCUUUCAAUAAUCCCAUGAACAAUAUGAAUAUGAAUAUAAAUCCGAAUUUCAUUGGUGGCGGCGGUGGUCCAGGAUUAUUGGGACCAUUUGGUGGUGGCAUGGGUCCAGGACCCAAUUUCGGUGGUGGUGGCAUGCCACCCAUGGGCAUGCAACAACAAAAUCAACGUAAUUUCAAUAACAAUCAACGCAACAAUAAUCGCAAUCAAAAUAAACGAAGAAUAUAG